AUGACAAUAGCAUUGCAAUGGGUCGAACUCGCCGUCAAACGGCUCAUCCCCGCGGAGAAAUUGCGGGUGGAGGUUCGGUCGAUUCUGCAGGAUUGGCUCGAGAAUGGUGAGGCUGAGGCGUUGGCCGAGCUUCACAAGCUCAUCGAUGAUGAGCAAGGCGGCCCUAUGACCUACAAUCACUAUUACACUGAUAACGUUCAGAAAUCGAGACUGGAUGCUCAGAAGGUGGCGAUGCGUUCCGCCGUGAAUGAAGUGACUCAACAUGAGUGGAGGGGCAAACUUCACAUCAGUAACCACCAAGACGACAUCAACCGGUUCCUGUCCGCCGUUGAGGCAAGAAUUACAGUUGACAUGGAUGAGCAAGCAUGCAUAGAGGCGCUAACAGAGCUCGAGUCCUACUACAAAGCACGUUUUACUUGA